GACCUUGUGAUAAAACCAGAUACGACAGUAAAUCUUGGUCAGAAUUUUGCGAAAGUAUUGGGGCAGACUGUGUAGAAGAUUACAAAGUCACUUGCAAAUGCUACAAUGGAUCGAAAUUUGAGGAUAAUUAUUGCAAAGAAACUUGUGAUAUAAUCAUAUAUGCCGGUAAAUCUUGGUCAGAAUUUUGUGAAAAUACCAAGAUAUGCUACGAAGGACAUCAAGGCUUUAGUGAUUGCAACAGGAGAGAUGCAGUGUGUUUACAUAAUUUUGAUAACGAAAUUGGUUAUCAAUGUGAAUGUAGACCAGGAUAUAAGAAGUCCAAAAUAGGAAAAUGUAAUGAAAUUACCGAAUGUGACGAAGGGGAAGUCGGUUUUUUAGAAUGUAAUAUCAAAAAUGCAGUUUGCGUGCGGGAUGUCAGCAGGUAUAAGAGAUACUUUUGUGUCUGUCCGGAGAAUUACGCUACGGAUCGAAGUGGUCGAUGUCUGAAGAAGUAUCAUGGUAUAACGAAUAAGAAGAAUAACGAAAUUAAUAUAAUUAGCGAUAAUGAUCCGUGUCAGAAAGGAAACGUAGGAUACGAAAAGUGCUUAAAGGAAAAUGCAAUUUGUAUUGUUCCAACGAAAAGUAAUUCGUUUUCGUGUCAUUGUCGCCCAAAGCAAAGAAAAAAUUCGAAUGAAACUUGCACAGAUUUGAAUGUUUGCCAGCAUGGAGAACUCGGUUACAAAGAAUGUACACUGCUCUCCGCUAAAUGUGUAAAAGCUGCAAGUUUGCAAAAAGGUUAUAAAUGUAAAUGUACAGAAGGAGAAACAGUUGAUCCCUCUGGAAGAUGUAUCAAGUUGUAGAUAACCUUUAACUGAAGCAAAUACAUUAUAUUAAUAU